AUGGGUUCAAUAGACGGCUCCCGGAAAAACAUACUUUUCAUGAUAGCCGACGACCUUGGAAAAUGCCUGGGUUGUUAUGGUGCAAAAGGGCUUCAGACACCCAAUAUCGAUAAGCUCGCCGCCAAUGGAACAGUCUUUGACCUCGCUUUCACGAGUACAGCCUCGUGCAGCGCCAGUCGAACUGUCAUGUACACUGGCCUGCAUCCACACGAGAACGGACAGUAUGGUCUCGCAGGAGGGACGAGCCAUUUCCAGUCUUUCGACCACAUACAAUCGGCACCCACGCUCUUCAACGCUCUGGGCUAUCAGACAGGCAUUGUAGGCAAAGUACAUGUGGGACCAGCACAUGUAUUUCCCUGGGUGUCGAGAGACGAAAGCGAAACGAGGAAUGUUGCGUGGGUGGCAGAGCGAGCAGAGGCAUUCUUUGAGCGAGCCAACGAGACAAAGCGUCCAUUCUUCCUCACGGUAGGAUACGUUGACCCUCACAGAGACAUCACCACCCGGAGUGGGUUUGGAAAUGGUGAAACGUGCGACGGCCAGUUCGUUGCCCCAAACUUCCAGCCCGAGCAAGUCGAGAUCCCGCCCUGGCUGACCGACCUGCCGGAGACACGGAUUGAAUACGUCGAAUACUACAAAGCCAUUUCCCGUCUGGACUACGGCGUGGGACUGGUCCUGGAUGCUCUGGAACGCAAAGGCCUCGCAAGCUCUACCCUGGUCGUCCUUUGCAGUGACAACGGUCCUCCAUUCAUCAACUCGAAGACCACCCUGUACGAUGCCGGGACACAGCUCCCUUUUAUCGUGCGUCUCCCUGGCAGCUCUCGCUCCGGCACACGGAACCCAAAUAUGAUAUCAUACAUUGACAUUCUGCCCACAUUCCUCGCGUGGGCGGGUGCCCCUCUGGAAUUCUGUGCCCCUAUCGAGGUCGAGGCGCCCAAGGGUCAGGUAUGGACACGGGAAACCCGGCCGCCGCCGCCGCCCCGACGUCUCGGGCGAUCCUUUCUACAUAUCAUCGGCUGCUCGGAUAUUCUGCCGGAAGAGCAAUGGCAGCACAAAGUGUACGGGUCUCACACGUUCCAUGAAAUCGCCAAUUACUGGCCCACCAGGGUCGUGCGCAACCGGCGCUUCAAGUACCACCGAAACAUUGCGUGGCAGCUCGACUUCCCUUUUGCCUCGGACCUGUACGCGAGUCUGACCCUUGAGGGAGUGCGGAAGAACCAUAACCACAACCACAACCACCAGGAGGAGGGCGCCGACGUCCUGAUCGGCGCCCGCUCUCUCAGGCAGUACGUCCGACGGCCCGCGGAGGAGCUGUACGACCUUGAAUCCGACCCAGUCGAGGUGUGCAACCUGGUCGACCAGCCCGAGCACGCCGCGUUGCUGGCGCAGAUGAGGCAUGAGUGCGAGUCUUGGCAGGAAGAGACUCAGGAUCCCUGGCUUCUGCGCGAUGGCCAGAGCGUCAUGGCCCUGCGCAGGUACGCGGGCGAGAAGCUAGAGAUGCCCACGUCGUUUGACUUUGUGCUGGAUUCGGCGGUGAUGGGAGGCUUGGAGCGGUAUAGAGUCGACGACCCUAGAUUGGUUCAGACCGUUCAGAGGACGUAG